AUGUCGGUUGGGGCUAGUUGUCACACAAUCUACAAUGACCACCAUUCGUUGCAGAUGGUUAGAACUUACAAGAAGAAGACGGACCGAUAUAUUCCCCCCGCAGAUAUUUUCCUCAGAGCGGCAAGGGAUAUUCGAAAUGGAAUUUCUUCCAUAAGGAAAGCUGCUGCAGAUUACAACAUCAAUUACAAAACUUUGUCAAGAUUCUGCAAGAAAGUUACUCCAGAAGAGUUAGCGAAUAAUAUUACAAAAGUACAGAUGGGGUAUCAAAAACCCAGACAAGUUUUUAGUGAAGAGGAAGAAAUGCAGCUCGAAAAUUAUUUAAAAAAAGCCGCAGAUAUUUAUUUUCGUCUAACACCCAAGGAGGUGAAGCGACUUGCGUAUGAUUAUGCCAAAGCUCUAGGGAAAGUCAUGCCACAAAAAUGGAUCGACACGCUUAUGGCAGGUCCAGAUUGGUUUUCCGGCUUCUUAAAAAGGCACCCCAGGUUAUCAAUCCGUACACCACAAUCCACAAGCUUGUCAAGAGCUACUAGUUUUAACAGAACGAACGUGGCAGCCUUCUUCGACAAUUUGGCGAAUUUAUUUGAUCGUUAUUCUUUUCGUCCUACAGAUAUAUACAACAUGGAUGAAACCGGGGUAACGACUGUCCAGCGUCCUGACCGUAUUGUAGCCAGAAAGGGAUUUCGGCAAAUUGGUGCAAUAACUUCUGCAGAAAGAGGGACGCUGGUGACUGUUGCAAUUGCAGUCUCUGCUUCAGGAAAUAGUAUUCCUCCUCUAUUUAUUUUCCCGAGAGUCCAUUUCAAAGACCAUUUCUUAAGAGGAGCACCUGCAGGAAGUAUUGGAGCAGCAAAUCGCUCAGGUUGGAUGAAUAAUGAUAUUUUUCUAACUUUUAUGAAGCAUUUGGUUGCUACAGUGAAAUGUACGAAAAAGAGUCCUAUUUUAUUACUGCUAGAUAAUUUGGAUUCACAUAUAUCAAUAGCAUCUUUAAAUUUCGCCAAAGAUAACGGAGUGGUCAUGCUUUCAUUCCCUCCUCACUGCAGCCACAAGAUGCAACCACUAGAUAGAUCUGUUUUCUAUUCCUUGAAAAAAUUCAUUAAUUCAAACUGUGAUUCAUGGUUAAGAACUAAUCCUGGUAAGACCAUUACCAUCUACGAUAUUCCAGGCAUUGUAGGAAAUGCUCUACCAUUGGCACUUGUUCCUAAUAAUGUAACAUCUGGAUUUAAAGUGGGUGGCAUCUAUCCAUUCAAUAGAGAUAUUUUCUCAGACCAGGACUUUCUUCCAAGUUAUGUAACAGAUCGGCCAAAUCCAAAUCAAGAAUCUGCCAAUUUGUUACAACCCGUUGAAAUGACAACGAACACUUUAUCACCUUCAACUUCUGCUCAAGCAGAAUCUUGGAGUUCGACAAGUGCAUCUUCGGCAUCUACCAUAUCUGCGAUUGAGUCGGCUUUUUCUCCAGAAGCUAUUCGUCCCUUACCAAAGGCUCAAGAGAGAAAAAACACAAAACAGCAAAGAAAAAAGCGUAAAUCUGCUAUUUUAACGGAUACCCCAGUUAAGGAUGAACUUGAGGCCGAGCAGGUUGCAAGAGCGAAUAAAGCUGGGAAACCCAAACGAAACUUGUUUUCUGAAAAUUUUUCUGUUUCAAGCAACAAGAAAAAGAAAUACCAGAGGAAGCAGCAUAAGCAAGAAUCUUCAUCUGAAGAAGAAGAAACUUUUUGCUUAGUGUGUGACGGCAACUACAGUAAUUCAAAAGAUUCUUGGCUACAAUGCACCCGGUGUAAGAGAUGGGCACAUGAAAAAUGCGCCAACAGAAAUCUAUUUUAUGUGUGUCACAAUUGUGAUUCCGAUGAUGAUGAUGAUAGUUCAUAA